AUGGAUACAUCUACUUCUGAGACUAAAAAAAAAUCAAAUACCAAAUAUAAAUUAUUUAAAGCUUGGAGCCAGUUACAAGAUUCUGAAUACAAGAGUCUAGGAAAAGCUUUGGACAAGUCAAACAGAUUUCAAUCUAAAGAUCGUCACAAAGUUGAAACUCUAAAAGCCAUAGUAAUUCCUUGGUUAAAGAAACAUAUAACAGAUCACAUUGGACCAAUUCCUCAAACUGCAACUGUUAAUUAUGUGGAUAUUCCUAUAGAGACAAUAUUUACUUAUCGUGCUGCUUUAAUGAACACUUUGAACUAUGCUAUUGAUAGAUUAAAUCAAAAAGGUGUAUACUCCAAUGUGAUAUCUUUUUGUGCCCGUGUAUUAGCAAUAUGCUUCUUCAAGAUUCCUGGUGUAGGGUUUGCAUUAUUACAAGCUUUACCUAAUGCAUGUUUAGCAACAACAGCCUUCAUUGCUCAUCUUUGUAAUCAAUUAGUUGCUGAUGAGAUAGUUGCACUACAAAUACUAAUGUUAUUGCUUAAACAUCCUACAAGCGAUUCUGUUGAGGUAGCUGUAGGAUUUAUGCGGGAAGUUGGCGCCCAUUUAACAGAUAUUACUCCGAGAGCAACUAAUGAUGUUUUUGAUCGUUUCAGAACAAUAUUACAUGAGGCUAAUAUAGAAAAAAGAGUUCAAUAUAUGAUUGAAGUUUUAUUCCAGACUAGAAAAGAUAAGUUUAAAGAUAAUCCAUCGAUCAUUGCAGAAUUAGAUCUGGUUGAAUCAAAAGAUCAAAUUACCCACUAUAUCCAGUUAGAUGAUGAAUUAGAUGUACAAGAAACACUUGGUAUUUUUCAAUAUGAUAUUGACUAUCUUCAAAACGAACAAAAAUAUGAUCAGAUCAAAAAAGAAAUAUUGGGUGCAGUGGAGAAAAUGAAAAUUAUUGAUCAAACAAAUACAAAUAUCAUAAAUUUACGAAGGGCUAUUUACCUUACCUUAAAGUCAAGUCUUGAUUUUGAAGAAUCUUGCCACAAGAUUAUGAAAAUGAACAUUAAAGAGGGUCAAGAGAUGGAGUUAUGUUUGAUGAUAAUAGAAUGUUGUUCUCAAGAAAGAACUUACGAAAAAUUUUUUGGACUUAUUGGUGAAAGACUUUCCAAAAUCAAUGCAAUAUGGGCAAAAACUUUUGAAAAAUGUUUUGUUGAAUGCUAUGAAACAAUCCAUCGUUAUGAGUCAAAUCGACUACGUAACGUUUCAAUGUUUUUUGCACACAUUCUAUCAACUGAUGCAAUUUCCUGGGAAGUCUUCCGAGUAAUAAGACUCACUGAAGAAGACACUACAUCCAGUUCAAGGAUCUUCAUUAAAAUAUUAUUUGAAGAACUAUCCUCUACAUUGGGUAUGGUCAAUUUAAAAAAUCGUUUAAAAAGUGACCCUGUUAUAUUAUCAGAUUGGACUCAAGGACUAUUUCCUAAAGAUAGUCCAAAAAACACUCGAUUUGCAAUCAAUUAUUUUACGUCUAUUAAAUUAGGUGCAUUAACAGAUGAUCUUAGAGAACAUUUGGCAGUAAGUAUAUUAAAAAUAGAUUUGGUUGUUUAA